AUGCCACUGUUCAGCUGGAUGAAAUGGUCGCAUGAAACAAGCGUGCAUGCUCCGGAUGAAGCAUCUCUGAAUGCCCCAGGCGUUGUUCCCAGCCGCAUGUUGAUCAAAGAGCUCAUGUGGCAUGUGGAGGAACGCGAGCACCUGGCGAGGGAGCUGGAAAGGGAACACAGGCUGGCCUACAGCGCCCUGGGUCUCCACUGGUUUCAGAGGUACCCCAGGUUGCGGACCCUCAUCCCCACAUCAGAACUACACCAGCUGGAGUUCCUGUGUGCCCAGAUCCCACCUAUACAUGCAGCCACCGUGCUCUCCAGGUUUCGUGAAGUGCUUGCCACUAACAACAUAAUGCCCUGGGAACUGGCGUCUGUCUUCAAGCGGGUGCUCAGGGACUUUCUGAGCCAAAAGGAAUAUGACGAAGAGGACAGUCUUUCAGUGGAGCAGGCGCAGCUCAGACCAAUGGAGUCUUGGACCAGCCGCUACAAAAUGAAGCAACGCUUUGUCACACCUACGGUCCCCAACUGCGGAGACCACCCAAGGGAAGAGAUCCCAACUAUCUCUGGAUAUGUGGACCGGGCUAUGAGGCACUCCAGCUCAGCCACAAUAAACAGGGACUGGGACCUUCCAUAUUACUAUCCAGUUCCUCUCAGGCCCACAAGGGCAUAUGACACAACACUGUGA